GCUCUGAACUAAAAAGACAGACUAACUCAUUACUCUCCACAUAUCGCAAUGGCACUGCAGAACUUGUGGGAUUUCAUUCAACAAUACCAUCAAUGCCUCAGAUCCCCUUUCUUUCCUGUGCUCUUCUCGCUCUCCGUUUACCUUGGCUUCUGCCUGCCAUUUGUCAUCUUGGAUCUUCUCGCGCCUAGAGUGGCUUUGGUGCGAAGGUACAGGAUACAGCAGAAGAACGACAUCUCCUGGGGCAUGAUGUGGAACUGCGUGGCGCAGUGCCUCUACAACCACGUGAUGUUCAUCUUCCCACUGAGUGUGAUUCACUGGUAUUACAGGCCGACGUACCAUCCGUCAGAUGCUCCUGAGCUUCAUCGUAUGAUCCUGGAGAUCGUCGCCUGUCUCCUCCUCUUCGAUUUCCAGUACUUCGUCUGGCACCUCCUCCACCACAAAGUGCCCUGGCUCUACCGUACCUUUCACAAGGUCCACCACAAGUACACCACCACGUUUGCCCUCACCACGGAGUACUCGGGCGCUUGGGAGACUUUAUCUCUCGGCUUUUUCGCCUCCAUCAAUCCACGGCUGCUGGGCUGCCACCCCAUGACGGAGAUGCUCUUCUUUGUGCUGAACAUCUGGCUUUCGGUGGAGGACCACUGUGGCUACGACUUCCCCUGGUCCACGCAUAGACUGGUUCCCUUUGGCCUGUUUGGAGGAGCACCCCAUCAUGACCUGCAUCACCUGAGGUUCAAGUCCAACUACGCCCCUUACUUCACACACUGGGACCGGCUCUUUGGAACGUUGCACAUGGAGUGAAGUUCUGCCUUGAUGCAGAUAUGGACUGCAGGUUCAAAGAGUGUCAUGCCAAAACAUUCUGACUUUAGAAUAUUUCAAAGAGAACCGAUUGCACUGAUAAACGGCGAGAUGAAGAGCUUUACGCAACAGUAUUAAUUUAUUUAAACAUUUCAACAUUUUUGAAAAAUGUUCUAUUUAUUCCCUGUGAUGCACUGGCAUCCCAUCUAGGUUGUGGAAGAUGAAUGCAUGCAUGAGUGUAUUAUAUUUAAUCCAAUUAAAUAUUUAUUUUUCUGUA